GGAAAUUCUACGUUAUCAUGCAGGCCUGUCAGCGAAAGAAAGGAAUCGCGCACACAUGGCUUUUCUUUCUGGAACUGUUAGAAACGAUGGUGUUGGUGGUGCUUUUGGUGGUGGACUUCUUGGCGACGAGCAUCAGCAUUCAACAACUACAUACUGCAACGUGAUUGUAGCUACAGUGGCUUUUGGGAUGGGCAUUGACAAACCUGAUAUCCGAC